CGUGGCUUUGCUAUAAUAUACUCCUAAAUGCGAUGCUUCUUGAGAACUAGAACCCUAGCGUUGGACGCGCGAGAGCAAGGUAAGGCCCGCGAUGCCGAGCUCCUCUCCAAGCUCCGCGCGAUCCUCGUCGGCUCUAGCGCUGCCGCUAGCGCCAGGCCGCCACCGAGCUCCAGCGCCAGCAAUCCCGACAAUGCGGGGCUCCUGGCGCGGCUCCGGCGGAUUCUCAGCGGGGACAGGGAGGGCGAGAGCACGGAGACGACGAGCAUCGGGCUUGUAGCGCAUUCGCUGGCCAGGCAGGGCAAGAUCGAUGAGGCGAUCAAGAUGUGCUCGGAGAUGGCCAGGAGGGGAUGCGUUCCAGAGAUUACGGUGCUCAGUGCCUUCCCGGCGGUGAGAUUGGGAGCUGGAGCUUGCCUGGUGGAUCUUCCGCGGGGCUGGAGCUCGCGGCAAGAGCUCUCUCCGCAUUCCUCGGUGAUCAAGGUACUUUGCAAGGCUGGGAAGUUCCAAGAGGCUCACAAGAGCGCUGUGGCGAUGCUGAGACAGGGAUUGGUGGUGGAGACUUUGGUGCUCAACACUCUGGUCUAUGGACUCUACAAGGCCGGGUUGAGCGACCAGUGCUUCCUGAUCCUCCUGGAGAUGGCUUCCAGGGGCAGCUCCCUGGAUGUUCUUGCCGGAGAAGAGGAUGGUGGAAGCGUCGUCCAUAGAAUCUGUGGAGCUUUGGAUGAUUUGAUCGAGCACAGCGUUUGCCCGGACGUUGUGUUCUACACCACUUUGGUGGAUGGGCUUUGCGCGAUUGGGAAGAUCGAGGAGGCUUAUUUCCUCUACAGAAACUCGGCAGCCAAGAACGAGUUUAGCGUCUCCACGUGCAAUGCGCUCGUUCAAGGUCUCAUCGAGCGUGGCCGGGGUGCCGAAGUUUUUCCGCUCGUCCUGAGCAUGGUCAAGAACGGGUUUGCAGUGAAGAACAACGUUCUCGACUCGCUCAUCGCGAAGUUUUGCGAGGCAGGGAAGGACGAGAUGGUUCUUCCGGGGUUCUACUCAGCCGACGAGAGUUUGCUGGAUCACAAGUCGAUGCUUGCGGGGCUCUGUGGCCUGGGGAAAGUCGAGGAAGCGUCUCGGUUCCUGGGUGAUAUGGUCAGAAGGAGUGCUGUUGCGGACACCGACACUCUCAACUUCUUGGUGCUGGAGCUGUGCAAGGCAGUGCUCGAGAGGCCAGAGAACUACAAUCUAUUCGAUACGAUCGUGAGAACUACAACAAGUUCCAGCCUUUGCUCUUCUACCACGUACGAGAUACUAGUGGAUUUCCUCUACAAGGCGGACAGGAUGGAAGACGUUCACAGACUGGUGAAGAAAAUGCUCGACAAGAAGUUCGUGCCGGACAGCAACACGUACAACUCUCUCGUCGUCAAGCUCUGCGAGGAACACAGGGUCGACGACGCUUUGGUUCUACUCAAAAGGGCGACCUGCACCGUGAGCACCGCAGCUAGCAACUGUGUUCUUCAGGCGCUAUGCAAAAAUGGUGGCGGUGUUGAUGUGGCUCUAAAGUUUGUGGAGUGGAUGCGAACCAAAGACCAAGCUCCCGAUUCCGCGUCCUGCAAUGCUCUGAUGGAAAGGCUGAUCAAGGAGAAGAAGAUGGAGCAGGCCUUCUCGUUGUACCACGGGACGAUGGUUAAGCAGCGGUUCAAGCUGGACAAAGCCUCGUACGAUGCGAUUCUAGGUGGCCUCUGGGAGUCAGGGAAAGAAAACGAAGCUGUCAAGCUUUUCCAGCAGAUGGUCCGGAACGGCAUUGCACCAGACGCUGCAACAAGCAACAUUCUCAUCGCUGGCCUCUGCAAAUCCCGGAAAGUUGACGCCGCUCUCAAGAUUGCGAGCAUCCUGCCGACGAUGGGAUGCGUCCCCGAUCUUGGUGCUUACAAGACACUCCUGGCCGCCCUUUGCGAGCGAGGCGAUCCAGAGCUGGUCAAGAACCUGGUGAAGGAUAUGAGUGACAAUGGACGGCUUCUCGAUCUCGACAGCUACAACACGGCUUUUCUCUGCUUCUCAAGAUCCGGCCGGGACGCAGAGAUACACAAACUAUUUCUCCGGAUGAUGGAGAAGGGGUGUGAGCCAGCCGACGAAACUUACGAGCUAGUAUUCGGCAGUCUUUGCACUGCAAACAACCUGGACGGUGCCUGGGAAGCAUUACAGGCAGUCAUCAAGGCGGGGUUCUUGCCUCUGAGGAAAUGCGCAUACAGGCCAUAUCUCCUUGGCUUGCUAAAAGCUGGGAGAGUGGAACAGGCAGUAGAGUUUUUCAAGGACAGCAUUGGUGGCGACCCCGCAAUUCUCCUCGACUGCUUUUUGGAAGCUGGAUUGGUGGCCGGGGCUUGUGACUACUAUGACGAGACGCUAGCGGACAGGGAAGGCUCAAGCCUGGCUCUUCUGGAGAUUAUACGCGAGCAAAGUGGUGACAGGAUGGGCGUUGCAUGCCAGUUCGUGAACGAGCUCAGUUUGAGGAGAAGAAGUAUUAGCGUCGGGAGCGUAGUUUUGGAGCUGAUCAAGUGGAAGAGGCUGGAUUUAGCUGCUGGAAUGGUGGAGGAAGGAGUGAAGCUGGGGUGUGCUAGCAGCUCUACAGUGAAGAUAAUGGCGGACAGGUUGCUGGAGGAGAAUAAGGUGGACGAGCUAUGCAAGCUCUUCGGCGUGGUUUUGGAGCAAGACGAGGAUGGGCGGGAGAUUGGGCUGGCGAGGAAAUACAUUCGCAGGCUGCUCACGAGAGGCGAGAUUGACGUCGCGAACAGGAUUUUCGAGAUGGCCGUGAGUGGCGAUGGCGGCAAGACGAGGAAGUCCGAGAAGAGGAAGAAGAAAACGUGCGACCUCUACGAUUUGGUCAUCACAGAUUUUUGCAAGCUCGGGAGAUUCGAGGAGGGAGCUCGAGUUUUGGAGCACUUGUACGAGAAUGGAGUUCUGCCAAGAGCCAAUAAGAUGUUCCGCGACUAGUACGCAUGCAUCGCGCUCCAGGAAUUUUUCUGGCCCCGCGGCCUCGCUCAUGUCGUCUGGAGAUAUGAGUGGAGAGCACUCCACGUCGGGAGCGAUUCCAACUUGGUCGAUUUGGUGGAGAGAUGGUGACAAGUACUUUGCGACGGUCACGAACAAAGCCGAGCCAUCCCAGAGUUGAGAAACGCUCUGGAUACACAAAAAAUAAAUUCCAGGAGCGCUCUCAGUGUCACUUCAUAACAAAGAAAUAGAAGAAGAAAGAGAUGGACUUACUUGUA